AUGCCGUACCAUUUGGAUACAAGAGAUAGUGGAUAUGAUCCAGCUUUUUCACCUCAGUUCAUUUACCGGGCAAGAAAUCCCAAAGAUUGCCUGGUGUCCUGUUUCCAUUUCCAAAGAAUGAACAAAAUGUUACCCUAUUCUGGAACAUGGGAGGGAUAUUUGAAGAUUUUCAUGGCAGGCAAGGUGGCUUAGGGCUCUUGGCACAGUCACGUAAAGGAUUGGUGGGAAGCAAAAGAUACUUACCAUGUCCUGUAUCUCUUUUAUGAAGUCAUUAAAAAAGACCCAAAGUGUGAAAUCCAGAAGGUAACACAAUUUAUAGGGAAGCAAUUAGACGCUACAACCCUAGACAAGAUUGUGCGUCAUACCUCCUUCGAAGUCAUGAAGCACAACCCCAGGAUCAACGAGCGAAUGUACCCAUCCGUCAUGGACCAAUCCAUUUUUCCAUUUAUGCGAAAAGGGACCAUCGGUGACUGGAAGAAACACUUCACAGUGGCUCAAAAUGAGUGGUUUGAUGAAGACUACCUGAAAAAAAUGUCGGCUUUCACUAUGGAACUCCAAGGACCCUUCUGAUUUUCAUUUCACUUGUUUUCCUGCUAUCAGAGUCUUCCAUGGUUCUCCUCCUUCAGUCCCCACAGUGCUAGAAGUCUGGCUGAUUAAUUGUAACUUAAGCCAUGCUUUCAGGAGCCUCGCUUGUUCUAGUUCUCUAGAUCCUAUAUUUUGUUAAACCAUUUAAAAAACAAUGACUUUUAAGUUGGAAUUUCUGAUCAUUUGGGGAC